CAAAACGGAAACCCUAAACCUCUCUCCUUCACAACAACAGGCGCAGCCACAUUGAAAGAAAGGGAGGAGAGAGAAACACAACCCAAAAAAUGCAGAUCUUCGUGAAAACCCUAACCGGGAAAACCAUAACCCUAGAGGUAGAAUCCUCUGACACAAUCGACAAUGUGAAAGCCAAGAUCCAAGACAAGGAAGGCAUCCCCCCAGACCAGCAGCGUCUUAUCUUCGCCGGAAAACAGCUUGAAGACGGACGCACACUUGCCGACUACAACAUCCAGAAGGAGUCUACCCUCCACCUUGUCCUUCGCCUUCGUGGUGGCGCAAAGAAGAGGAAGAAGAAGACCUACACCAAGCCUAAGAAGCUUAAGCACAAGAAGAAGAAGGUCAAGCUUUCUAUUCUUCAGUUUUACAAGGUCGAUGAUUCCGCUAAGGUUCAGAGGUUGAGGAAGGAGUGCCCUAAUGCUGAGUGUGGUGCUGGUACUUUUAUGGCUAACCAUUUUGAUCGCCAUUAUUGUGGUAAGUGUGGCCUUACCUAUGUUUACCAAAAGGCUGGAGGUGAUUAAGUGUUAGUUUGUGUACUUGAGGGAUUUUCUCUCUCUCCUCAAAAUUUCGUUUUAAUUUAUGUUUGGUUAGUAGUUUUUGAAGAAACAUAUGAGACUGUUUCAUCUUUAGUUUGAUGAUUAUAAUGUUUGUUGAGAAUUGAUUAUAUAAUUGCUCUCUUGAGAAUUUGGAUCUACAAUUUUGAUUUUGUUA